AUGCGACUACGCCUGCGCCCGUUGGGCCGCAGAAGAGUCGAAGCGCAGACUCUCGAAGAGGUUUUACAGCGCCGUAAGAUUCACAAAAGCAACGAAGCCGCGAUGCGAAUCCGAAGGCGCGUUCAAGCGAGCCUUUGGCGACACGCGGAGACGUUUCGCUCCCUCUCCAGAUAUUCUUUUUCUGUGUUUCCGUUCAUUCGACGAGGUGAGGCCCUGCGGCGACGGCGAGAGAAGGCGGCGGAGCGCGCGGAGUUUGAGAAGCGUGAAAUCAAUCCAGCAGCAGCACGGGGGUCGCGACCCAGAGGAGAGAAGGUGUGCGCGAGCAAGAAGAGAGACGCACGAAGAGGAGACGGCGUAGGAAAGCAUACGGCAAACACGGGAGACAGCGGAGGCAGGAAGAGGAGUAAGAAGGAGAGGAAGGAAGCCUGA